UAACAUUGGAGUUCAGCUUCAAGAGCAAACAGCCUUUGACAAACCGGUGAGUAACCUCAUCCUGACCUAAAGACAGGUCUUAAUCUAAGCAUGUCAUACAGAGAGGACGUUGAGCAUGAGGGCCAAGAGGGGCUUGUAGAGGCCAGUGGGAAGCAAACACCCAAUCCACAUCAUGCAGAUGCUGCUGAGGAACCUGGGGAAGAAGGAGAAACAAAACCAAAGCAUAAACCCUUUGUGCCAGCUUUGGUGCCUCCUAAAAUUCCUGAUGGAGAGAAAGUUGAUUUUGAUGAUAUUCACCGCAAACGCAUGGAGAAAGACCUGACGGAGCUACAGACGCUCAUCGAGGCUCACUUUGAGAGCAGAAAGAAAGAAGAAGAGGAGCUAAUCAACCUCACCCAAAGGAUCGAGCACCGCAGGGCAGAACGAGCGGAGCAGCACCGGAUCCGGACAGAGCGCGAGAAAGAGCGGCAAAACAAACUAGCCGAGGAAAAGGCACGAAAAGAGGAGGAAGAGGCUAAGAGGAAGGCCGAUGAUGAUGCUAAGAAGAAGAAGGUUCUCACGAGCUUCCAGUACACGGGAUUCAUGCAGAGGACAGAUAAAAGGGGUGGGCCUAAGAAGCAAACAGAGAGGGAGAAGAAAAAAACGAUUCUUAGUGAACGCCGUAAGGAACUGAACGUCGAAAACCUGAGCGCUGAUAAACUCAGAGAAACCGCGAAUGAACUCUGGAAGUCGAUGCGCCAACUUGAAGCCGAGAAGUUUGAGCUGCAAUACAGAUACAUGUGCCAGAAAUACGAGAUCACCGUCCUUAGGAAUCGUGUCAGCGACCAUCAGAAAAAUACCAAAGGCUCUAGGAGUAAGAGAGGACUACGAAAAUAAAGCAGCUUCACAGAGACACCAGCAACCUCAACCACACGGAUAUUUGCAUAAAUAAUAUGCUUUAAUACAGUUAUAUAUUCUGAUCCUCUUAUUUAAUGUUUUUUGAAGCGCUACAAAGAAUAAAAACAGCCAUCUGAAUGAAAGAUGAAACAGUGAAGUUGGUUUUUAAGAGACUAGUAUAUAAGUUCACAUAUGUCAUAUGAAAUUAAUGACUUUUCUGUUAAUUAUAUGCAUGUCAUAAUAUGCAAAGUGCCACGAUGUGUACAGCUGUCAUUUAUGAUUAUCAUCUUGUUGAUUUAAUGUUAGUGAAUCAUAAUAUGUAAAUUGAAAGCAAAGAUAUAAUUGAAAUCGAAAAACGUCGCAUGCAUUUUCAGAGAUUUGCAUGCAUGAUUGUAAAUGAUUACAAUAUUUUUUAAUAAAGUAUGUUAGACUAAAUGAGUUUUCAGACUAACAGCAUAUGCUUUAGUAUGUCCCAGUGUUUGUCUUUCUUUUUGCAUGGAUUUGGUAAAGGUUAUGAAUAUUUAAAAGUAAAUCGUGACACAGACUAGUGCGGUUGAAAACUUUAUUGAAACUUUGCUUGAAGUCGCUGUGAGCUGAAACAUACAAAUUGAUCCAAACCCCUAACGCAACAACCACAACAUAUGUAAUGGUGAACAAA